GAUAUAUUAUUAACAACCCUACUUUGCGCAUUAUUUUAAAAUCAAACGGACAAACGAAGACGUCUGCGCCCACGGAUUUCCUAGGAAUUUGUGCUAAAACGCGCUUCGGAAGGCUUUAAUCUGUACAUAUAAAUUGAUAGGUUGCAAGGUGUGUUAAGGGAAAAGUGAAAAAAAGGAUUUCCAGGCGGCACACACUCACACGGGCACGCAUACAAGUGCAACUGCCUGGCGUCAUUUUCGGACUGUACGCGCGGUAAAAGCCGAAAUAAUUGAUUUAAAUUGCCUGCAAUGGAUGUGUCCAAUGGAAAUACGUCGCGACAGCCGCCCAAGAAGUCCAACCAAAACAUCCAGGUGUAUGUGCGCGUCAGGCCCUUGAACUCCCGGGAGAGAUGCAUACGCUCUGCCGAGGUGGUGGACGUGGUGGGGCCCAAGGAGAUAGUGACACGCCACACCCUGGACUCCAAGCUGACCAAGAAGUUCACCUUCGAUCGGAGCUUCGGGCCCGAGUCCAAGCAAUGCGAUGUCUACUCCGUGGUGGUGUCUCCACUGAUCGAGGAGGUCUUGAACGGCUACAACUGCACAGUGUUUGCCUAUGGGCAAACGGGAACGGGCAAGACACACACCAUGGUAGGCAAUGAGUGCGCCGAGCUGAAGUCCUCCUGGGAAGAUGACUCUGAUAUUGGCAUUAUACCGCGAGCGCUGAGUCACCUCUUCGACGAGCUGCGCAUGAUGGAGGUGGAGUACACGAUGCGCAUCUCAUACCUGGAGCUGUACAACGAAGAGCUGUGCGAUCUGCUCUCCACUGAUGACAUGACCAAGAUUCGCAUUUUUGACGACAGCACCAAGAAGGGUUCUGUUAUCAUCCAAGGCUUAGAGGAGAUUCCCGUGCACAGCAAGGACGAUGUGUACAAGCUGCUGGAGAAGGGCAAGGAGCGCCGGAAGACGGCCACUACCUUGAUGAACGCCCAGUCGUCGCGUUCCCACACGGUCUUUUCGAUUGUGGUCCACAUCCGGGAGAACGGCAUCGAAGGCGAGGAUAUGCUGAAGAUCGGCAAGUUGAAUCUGGUGGAUCUGGCGGGCAGUGAGAAUGUUUCCAAGGCGGGCAACGAAAAGGGAAUACGUGUCCGGGAGACGGUCAACAUUAACCAGAGUCUACUGACGCUUGGCAGAGUGAUCACUGCCCUGGUGGAUCGUGCUCCCCAUGUUCCCUAUCGCGAAUCGAAGCUCACACGGCUCCUGCAGGAGUCACUGGGUGGCAGAACCAAGACCUCCAUCAUAGCCACCAUUUCGCCAGGUCACAAAGACAUCGAGGAGACGCUCAGCACCCUGGAGUACGCCCAUCGAGCCAAGAAUAUACAAAAUAAGCCCGAGGUCAACCAGAAGUUGACCAAGAAAACGGUGCUCAAAGAGUACACCGAGGAGAUUGACAAGCUGAAGAGGGACCUCAUGGCCGCCAGGGAUAAGAAUGGCAUCUACUUGGCCGAGGAGACAUAUGGCGAGAUGACCUUGAAGCUGGACUCGCAGAACCGCGAGCUCAACGAAAAGAUGCUGCUGCUAAAGGCCCUAAAGGAUGAGCUCCAAAACAAGGAGAAGAUCUUCAGCGAGGUGAGCAUGUCACUGGUGGAAAAGACUCAAGAGCUGAAAAGGACCGAGGAAAACCUCAUGAACACCAAGGGAUCGCUGCUGCUCACCAAAAAGGUGCUGACCAAGACCAAGAGGCGUUACAAGGAGAAGAAGGAGCUGGUGGCCUCGCACAUGAAGACGGAGCAGGUCCUUACCACGCAAGCCAAGGAAAUCCUGGCCGCAGCCGAUCUGGCCACUGAUGAUACCCAUCAGCUGCAUGGAACUAUUGAGAGGCGACGCCAUGUGGACGCGGAGAUUCGCAGAUCCUGCGACAAGUUCAAAGAUCGCAUGCAGGACAACCUGGAGAUGAUUGGUGGCAGUCUGAGUCUGUAUUUGGAGCAGGAAACAGCAUCCAAAGGGAGACUGAACGAGGAACUGGAAAACUCCAGCAAUGUGAGCUUACGUUUGGCUAGCAAUGCAACCAAAACCAUCGAGAUGCUAAUGGGAAUCUGCAGCCAGUCUGUGGCGGAUCAGGCUCAGUUGCACAAGCAGUUGAUAAACGAAAUCUCGCAGAGCUGCGAUCAGCACACUCAGAAGCUUGUCGCCCAGUUGCUGGAGCAGAUGCAGCAGCGAGAGCUGCAAAUGAGCAGGGACAUUAAGGCCAAUCUGCAGGAGAUGGAGGAGAACAACCAGCGCCACAAGGCCAUGCUGGACUCCAUGCAAGAGAAGUUCACCCAGAUCAUCGACAGCAGUUCCCAGUCUCUGGAGCAGCAUGUGGCCAAAGUGCAGCAGCAGCUGGAUGAGCUCAGCGGCAUGAGUGUGCCGGAUGGAGAGCAUCUGAAGCAGCUCCAGGAGGAGCUGGCCAAUGAACGGGCGCUGGCCCGGCAAGAAGAGGCGCUGCUCGAGUCUCUGGUGAUGCAAAUGGAGCAGAUUAAGAAUCUGCGGACCAAGAACACUCAAAGCAUGUCGGAACGCAUUGGUCACUUGGAAGAGAAUCGGCUGGCCAGGAAUAAGCACAUCGAUGGGACUCAGUCGGGGAUUCAGGAUUACAAAAAGUUGGGUAACGAAGCCUCUCAAUCCGCCAGGAAAGAGCUCAGCGGGCAAAUGGAGACGGGUAUGCUGUGCCUGGACCAAGGCAUAGCCAAGUGCUCCAUGCUGCAGGUGCACAUACAGAAUCUCGGCCAAGAGUGUGCCAAGCAAACAGAGGUCAAUGUUCUGGCUAGCCGCCUGCACCAGCAGUCGCUCCUGGAAAUCUGCCAAAAGAGCGACAAGCAGCAGGAGGAGCUGCAAGGAAAACAGAAAAAUCUCCUUGAGGAAACUGCCACCGAGAGGCAGCAGCUCAUCACCGAGGACAGGCAGAUGUUUAGAGGACAUUCCACUUUAGCCAGCGAUCUUGUUUUGGAAUUGACUCGCCAAACCAAUGAGCAUGUUGCACUUCAGCGCCAGCAGUUGCAGAUCUGCGAGCAGGAGGUGACGCGCUUCCAACAAAGCGAGCUGAAGACAUAUGCUCCCACUGGGACCACGCCCUCCAAGCGUGACUUUGUGUAUCCAAGAUCGCUGGUGGCCACGUCGCCGCAUCAAGAUAUCGUAAGGCGAUAUCGCCAGGAGCAGGAUUGGUCUGACUUGGACACAACGGCCACCAUAGAUGAGUGCAGCGAGGGCGAGGAUGAUGCUUCUUCCCUGCACUCGGUUCAGGAGCUCUCCGAAACGGAAACCAUUAUGAACUCCACGCCCAUUGAAGGCGUGGAUAACAUCAAUAGGAAACGUGGCACUACCAGAAACUCAAAUUCGAAUUCAAAUGCCUUGAAGCCACCGGUGGCUGGCGGAGGAAGCACUGGCAAGCGCAGUAGCUCUUUGUCUCGCUCUUUAACGCCCAGCAAAUCGUCACCAAGGAAUUCGCCCGCCUUCAACAGGAAUAACAAAGAAAACGUGGCCUGAUUGCAUCGAUGUCCCCCCACCGUACUCAUCCCAGUAACUUGAAUCGUUUUUGUUUGUUUGGCUCUUUUCGAUAUUCUUUUUAUUUUUAAUCUGUAUAUCAAACUUUGGAAUUUCGUACAAUUAUUAUUUAAAUAAACUUAGUAUGCUAUGUAAA